UGAAUUUGUACGUCAAUUGAAUCUUCCAAAUGUAAAAUGGAUUUGUCCGACUGCUCCAAUACGUCCCAUUACUUCCUUGGGUGGAACACAAACUACUGCUUGGGCCGAUGUCAGCGGAGAUUUUGAGAACAUGGAAGAAGAUAUGGUUUCUUUCAAUUCAGUUUCUUUGUUUGUUGUUAACCUUCUAUAUCAUGAACCAAACAAUGUCACGAUAGGACUAGGAGGUAUCGGUUUGGGUGCAGCGGUAGCUCUCUACUAUGCGUCUUCUUAUACCACAGGAGUGGUAAACAUAAACCUACAAUUUAUUAUUGGAAUCAACGGCUGGCUUCCCGCUUGGAGAAACUUAGAGAGUAUAACAAAUCAUUAUGGGUCCACAAGUUUUGCUCCAUCGCUACCAAUCUUACUUACACAUGGAAAUUCUGAUAAUAUAGUUCCCUUCCAAGUUGGAAACAGAAGUGCUGAAAUUCUUCGCAUGGCUGGAUUUCCAGUUAUUUUUAUAGAAAACGAAGGGGAUCAUUAUCCAAUCAUUCCCCAAGUAAUCGAUGAUGUCCGCUCAUGGCUCACAACAUAUUUCCCAGUCUAA